AUGACAGCGAAUUUUGGGGCACCAGAGUUUGAACCAAAUUCAGUUCGCGCAGAUGAUGUUAUGGGUCAAAUUGCUGCCAGGACAAUCGUAAUUCAGGCAUACUAUUACAUGAAUAAAACUAGAGAAAAGCCACGAUUUGAAAGGGUAUUUGAGGCUCCAUUAUUCGAGGCCUUACCCGUUCUCUAUUCCAUAUUCAAUGAGAAAUGUCAUGGCCGUCUUGAAAACAGAGAUCUUAUUUUUUACGAUCCAGAAUCCACGAAGACAACCAUGAAACGAUGCGAAAAGAUCAUUUACAUGGAGGAGUUAAUUUCUUGGAGAAUCAAGGAAAAGCCAGAAUAUGAAGCGCUUCUUGGUUGGUCUAGCAAGAGGCUUUGGACAUACACUCAUUGCCUCGUGCGAUUUCUGAGCAAAAAGCCACUUCCUUAUACCUCUUAUAUGACGGCUGAAACGAAUGACGUUGAGAAUGUCCGACUACUUGCAAAAUGUCUUGGUGCCAGCGAGGAGAGCGAUUUGCAUUUGCGCAAGCAGCUGGUGCCCUUUAUUAAACUUCGUCUUGCCCUGCCACCCGCCGACGUGGAAGACACCAAGAAACCGACAAAGCGACCAGCAUCUCCUGAAACUGAAAUUAACGUGGUGGAGAAGAAAGCAAGAGCCGCCAUUGAUUCAACCGCCGAUACAUCUCAACUUGAAGAGAGGCACACGUCAAGUGGGCCAACUAGCCCCAAGAAGGAAAAUCUGGCACCAAUGCCAGAAGGAGCAUAUAUUCGAUUGAAUGAGUCCUCGUCACAUUGCUAUCUCAUGAACCUGAAAGAAGUGAAAGCUAGCUCACAUUUCUUGGGUGGCCUCCUAGACGAUCUGUGCGAGGGGAAUCUUGUUGGAAGCAGCAUAUUCUAUGGUUGGGGGUAA